CUUCGUGUUGUUUCGGUUCUGGAAUGUUUUGUCUCAAAGUUGAAUGUCAGUGGGAGUGCUGCGUCACUGAAAGCUCGAUAGCCGAGGCGGUAGUGGUGUUGCUCAGAGUCAAUAAUUAUGGCAACUGCACAGUCUGUGUUCAUGUUUGCAGUAUGUGUUUUAUUGAUUUCGGAGCUGAUAUUGGCUAAGAAGGACUAUUAUGAAAUUCUGGGUGUACCAAAAAAUGCAUCUGAGCGUCAGAUUAAGAAGGCCUUUCAUAAACUUGCAAUGAAGUAUCACCCUGACAAAAAUAAGAGUCCUGAUGCAGAAGCCAAGUUCCGGGAAAUUGCAGAAGCAUAUGAAACACUUUCUGAUGAGAAAAGAAGAAAAGAGUAUGAUCAGUUUGGACACCAGUCUUUUUCAAGUACAGAAGGUGGAAAAGGACCAAAUUUUCAUCAACCAUUCACUUUUAAUUUUGAUGAUUUAUUUAAAGAUUUUGAUAUGUUUGGACAGAAUCAAGAAUCCCAACAAAAAAGGCACUUUGAAAACCACUUUAGGGCCCACCAGGAAGCACAAAACCGUCACAAACAGCAUUUUCAGGAAUUUUCUUUUGGUGCUGGAAUGUUUGAUAAUAUGUUUGAAGAUAUUGAAAAAAUGUUUACAUUUAGUAGAUUUGGUGAUAACCAUAAGCACACAGUGCGGACUGAAAACAAAUUCCAAGGAUCUGCAAAACAGCAUUGCAGAACUGUCACACAGCGAAGAGGAAAUAUGGUCACUACCUAUACAGACUGUUCAGGAUCAUAGAGUUUGAAAUAUUUUUUGUUUGUUUGAUUAAACUCAAAUUGUAUUCUGCUAACUUAAAAACUAUCUAAUUUAACAUGGCAGACUAAACUUUAGUUUUGUAAAUGAAAUAUUGUACUUUUAACCUCAUGAAAUUGACGUUAUAGAAUUUUUUCAGGUAGCAUGGUGCUCUUUAUGUACAGUUGCAAUAAAAUUAAAUGUCUUUGUUGCUGGCAAAUAUUUUUGAGGCAUUUACAACUGUAAAAUGGUGUAUAUUUUAUGUUUGCUAGAAGGAAAAUUCCACAAAAGGUAGAUGUCUGCAACAAAUAUUUGUAUCUAGUGGAUUUAGGAGGGAUUUUUAAGAAAUGAGCUGUAUUAAGUUUGUCUUACUGAGCUAGUGACCUUUUAUAUACCUUAUAUUUACUCCAUACCUGUGCUUAGGGCAUUGUCAUGGACAGCAUGGGUAAAGGUGUUUCUACAUAGUUUAUCGUUUGCAUUGAAUGCACAUCAGUAUUGGUAAAAGAAUUUAGCAGUGUUUUGUGUACUUUUAUAGUUUAUUUUGGUGUGUAUGGUAAGCGUAGUAAUGCAGAUUUAUUAAUGGAACUGUUUCUACAGUAGUAAAGUGAACUUAAUACAGUACUAAUAUGUAUUUAAAGAAUCAUUCAAAUACCAGGACAUUUAAUAGAACAGAAAAGCCCUCCUUAUAUAGAAUAGCAAUAUUAAUUUCUUGCCAUACAAGAGCUUCUGAAAGAACUAAUUCCAAAAUUAUUUCAGUAAUUUGCAACAACUUUUGGUACUUGUUUCCUCAGGAAAGAUUUGAAAUGUUUAUCCAUAAUUUUUUCCCUUCCUCUCAGAAGUGUCUAGUUUUAUGCAACUUUUUUUUUUUCUUUAAGCCUUCCUGCUGCUCCUUUCUGUUUUGUGUAUUAGAAAAGCUGUUACCUCAUCUAUUUCUGUGAUUUGCAAGAUUAUUAUGUGCAAUAUGUACAGCAUUUUUUCUUAACAUCCGUAUAAUUUAUGUAGUAACUUUGGUUACUAUGGGUUUAUCAGUUAUGUGCAAUGUAUCCACAGGUAAAUAAGGCUGUCUUGCACUUUCUUAAUGGCACUUGUAUUAAUCCUAUGGAUAUUGUGUCUGUUUUGCUCACUCAGACACUUCUUUUGAGUGAAAGUGUGUGAAAAUAAAAUACCUAAUCAAGUCUU